GGACAAUCGAUCGGGCAGUGAGUUACCGGGGCAACGGACCACGCCCGCCCUCGUGUCUCCAUUCCCAUCCGAGUGGAGAUCAGAGUCUGUUGCCCGCAGAUUCGCACGUGGGAUCUGCAGGAAAGGAUGGCGUGUGCGGACAGUCUGUGGGAGGACAAGUCCAUUCGCUUCGACAUGAGUCAUUCGGACAUGAGGAUGCGGACGGGGGAGAAGAUGCUGGAGAACAUCGAGGACGUGGAGGACACGAAGGGGAACAGCGGGGACAAGGGGAGGAUGAUCAUCACGAACCUCCGAAUCAUCUGGCAUUCCCUGGCUGCCCCGAGAAUCAAUGUCUGUGCGUCGCCUUUCCCAUUAUCGUCCUCAGCCUGUCGGCUUCCAGUGCGUCAUGACCGUGAAAACCCGAACCGUAAACUCGGUGAGUCUCGACCUUUAAACCCCCUUCAUCCGACAACCGCCCAUGAACUCGAUCGCGACUGUGACGUGCAGAAGCUGCGCGGGAUCACGGAGGCAGUGGACCUAUUGACGAAAAUGAACGGGACCCGGUACGAGUUCAUCUUCACCUCCCUCCUCCCUCGCGGGGACCCGCUGCUCUUCGCCGCCAUCACCAGCCUCCACAAGGCAUAUCAGUCAUCGGGAAUGUACAGGGAAUUGAAGCUGAGGACGGCACUGUUCCAGAAGAAGCACUUGAGGCUGUUACCGGAGGAGCAAGUUUGCAGCAAAAUCAGCGGCGUCUGGAACUUGGCAUCCGAUCAGGGAAACCUCGGGAGUUUCGUGAUCACGAACGUCCGGGUCAUAUGGUACAGCAACAGCAACGAGCACUUCAACCUCUCCCUCCCCUUCCUCCACGUCGGAACGGUGAAAUUGCGGGAUUCGAAAUUCGGGAUGGCCCUGGUCCUGGAGACUUCGGAGGUGAGCGGGGGAUACGUCCUGGGCUUCCGACUGGACCCGAUGGAGAAAAUGAAGGAAGUCCAGAAGGAAAUCUCAGCUCUAUUUCGAGCUUUCAGUCAAAAUCCCGUGUUCGGCGUCACCUACUCCACGAAAGGCAAGCCGCCAUCGGUGGAAGACGGCGUCGACGAUAAAGGAUGGGACGUGGAGGAGAUCUCGAGCGACCUGACGAAGGAGGAGCAAGGACCCGACAUGCUCUCCGCUUACAUCCUGGACGGGUUCACGGCCGACUCCCUGCCCGUCUUCUCCCUGGAGUUGGGAUUCGCCGUGGAGGCGAUCAAGGAUGGAUUCACGCUCAAGUCCCUGUGGGAUGUCGUCCCUCAAGCCGCCAACGCGUGA